AUGAUCACCGCUCCAGGCGAUACAUACAGAGAGAGAGCUGAGUUAAUUGCGAAAAAUCUUACUUUUACACCAGGAGUAGUGUCAAACAGCCUAUCGGUUCCAACACCGAACGAAAUUCUGAAAGCUUUUCUUCAUGCGAAACUACCAAACGCAAAAGUAGCAUCAGUAAAUGCAUUUUUACUCGAUGAAGCAAGAGAAUUAGCACAAGACCUACUCUCCCUCAAGACGGAAAGAUUUAACGCAGACUUAGCCCAAGCCGAUGACGCAUUAUUCAAGAAAUCGAAUUCAAUACCUGAUAUAACUCCGUUUGAAUCACUCACUAGGAAUGAUGGAUCUAACUAUGGAAUGGUUUAUAAGCCAGAACCUUCAUUUAUUGCACCAGAUGAAAGAUCUCGAAGAUUACUCAUCAAAAUCUUUCUACCUUUGCUAAAUGAUCGUAUUUCGCAGCCAAGUCAUAGUCUUAAAGUACAGCAAAGUAUGUUAAUUGUACCAACUAUUGCACCAACUAAGCCGAUUACCACUGUUGCACCUAUCAGUUCAACAACAAAGCCUAUAACAGUGAAGACUACGAAUACUCCGAUUACGUCCACAACUCCUCAAGCAACGACAACUAUCAAGACGACUACGACUCCGAAACCCCAUUUAAUAACCAUGCCACGAGAAUCUCCGGUAGAUGUCACGCAGACCUCGUUUCCAACAACGAAAACUCCUCCUAAACCAAGUUUGGAAAUAUUAGUAGAACGAAGAUCCGUCAGUAAAGAAGAAGAAGAACAGCAGCAGUUACUAGCCAAAGCUAAGUACGCAGCAAAUAAAUUUGACGCAGAAACGACCUUCCAUACUAAUAUUACACGCCGUAUUGCACAGGACCAUCUGCAAUACGCUGUUGAAAUUUUCCAAGAAGACAUGAAAAAGAACUUCAUGACUUCAUACGAAACCAUAUGCGCUAUUCAGAAUAAAUAUCUAGAACUAUGGCGUUCAAUACUUCAUAUUGAACCAACCAUCGCGAUGAGAACCAUUCUUGGCCGCGAUGAUAUAGCAGCACGUUUCGUAGGAGAACAUAUAGUGCACAUACAUGCUUGCACAGAAGUUAAACCUGCAGUCAUCUACUAUAACCAUACAGUCAAUGGAACUUGUUAUUUGGAAAC